AUACCGUUUCUAAGGCGCAUGCGCAAAGAAAUCUAAAGCGAGACGAUCUCGAGAAUUUCGACUUAACCUCACAGUUAGUGACAGUUAUCCGUUUCAAAAUAACAAUAUUGAAGAAUCAAAGCUCUAGUUUUGCAAUGGAAAAUGAAGGCACAACUUCGACCGAAAAGUCGUUUACGGACAAGCAGGCGGAGAGAAUGAAACGUUUGCGAGAUCUUCACGCGAAAAGAAACGAAGCUAGACAACAAAAUCAUAAGGAGGUUGUUGAAGAGGACAAAAGGAACAAACUCCCUUCGAAUUGGGAGUCACGUAAACGACAAGCGGAAUGGAUCGUGCAAGAUGAAGCGUCAAGAAAAGAGGCUCAAGACAAAGGGGAAGAUUACGAAAGGACAAAAUUGCUUCAUAUAGAUGCAGCGGAAGCGGAGCGCAUAGCAAGGAAAAAGAAGAAUAGAAAGAAUCCAGACCCAGGGUUCUCCGAUUACGAACAAGCAGCUAUACGACAAUACAACAGGCUAGUAAAAAAUAUCAAGCCAAAUAUGGAUUCGUACGACGAAGCCAGAAGCAAAUUGGGCCCAGCUUUUUACGGGGACAAAAAUACCAUACUGCAUGGUCUGCACGAAGACAAAAAGGAGGCCGUAGAUAAAAUGGUUGAAGAUUUGGAGAAGCAAAUUGCAAAGAGAGAUAAGUACAGCAGGAGAAGGAUGCACAACGACGAUGCAGAUAUCGAUUAUAUCAAUGAACGUAACGCCAAGUUUAACCAGAAAUUGGAGAGAUUCUAUGGUGAAUACACACGCGAAACGAAAUUAAACUUGGAAAGGGGCACAGCUAUAUAAUGGGAGAACGUUAUUACUAAUGGAUUUACUACAAAUAACUUGUAUUUUAAAUAGGUAUUUAAAAACUCUUACAAAUAGGAGUCAGACUACCGUUUAGUCGUUGACCGUUUAGUAAUCGGAAGUGCAGGUGGUAUUUUUUUGCGGUUUACCGAU